AUGGCGCACCUCAAGUUCAUAACUAUUGCUAUAUCAGCGUUGUUCACAGGAUCUCUCGCAGCCGCAGUUCCAGACCCUGCGGUUGCGAUUAUCCCGACCCCUCCUCCAGCAAAGGACACUCACUGUCCGACAGUGACGAGCACCGGCAGCGUCUGUUCCACCUGCGCCGUUCCGAAGUGUCUGGCAUGGUCCACCAUCUCGAACCCUUGCGACUGCGCUCGCACGGUGCCCACCGUGACCGUCGACUUCCCCUGUCGCUCCGACGGCAAGCACUGUGGCGCAGGCUGCUUGACCAUGUACAAGUCCGCGACGUCGACAUCGACCUGCAACGACGUGCCUAUUCCCACGCCACCGUCGCCCAAGACAACUGUGACCACGACCGAGACGGCUGCCAGCUGCACUACCACGGUGACGGCAAACAUUUACGAGACGGCAAAGUGUACAAAGGGAUGCGUGUCGGACUUUUGCAUCGUGGACUGUAUCACUUGUUACUCUGCCGUGUGGCUGUUCGAGGCUCAGUAUCGUCACUUCGACGUCUACCCUUCCUUGCCCGGAGUCGACACAGUGUACUCAGUGCUACACGGCAUGGCCGUUUACUACUGA